CUCCCUCUCUCUCUGAAGAUCAGAUAAACAAGGAAAUGGAAAUACUAAAAUGAUUCAGAGGAAAUAUUAAAAUCAACAUACUGAUAACCAUUACUUCCUGCUUCCUCAAAAAAAAUUAUUGUUGGGUGCUGACUGCCUCGCAUCGUGAUUCACCGUGAUCUUGUUGUGUUGCUGGUGUAAGCUUCCCUUCCAGAAGAACUGCUCCUGCCUGUCUCCAUCUCCCCGGGAAUAGACAAAGGGCGGUGCAGAGUGAUAAAAAUUUAUGUUUUCGUCAAACCGGGCCAAAGAGAAUGGGGGUCCUACACUCAAAAGAAUGAAGACACGACAGAACAAGGACUCAAUGUCAAUGCGGAGUGGACGGAAGAAAGAGACUCCAGGGCCCCGAGAGGAGCUCAGGUCACGGGGUCGAGCUUCCCCCGGGGGCGUCAGCACCUCCAGCAGUGAUGGCAAAGCAGAGAAAUCCCGACAAGCAGCAAAGAAAGGCCGGGUGGAGGAAUCCUGCACCCCAAAGGGCAGCAAGCAGGGCCGAACAGAAGAGAUCUCGGAAAGCGAAGGGGAAGAUACCAACGCUCCCAAAAAAACCAAAACCGAGGAGUUGCCCUGCCCUCCGUCCCCAUCCGAUGUUGACAGCCUUGAUGGCCACAGCUUCAAUGAUGAGAUGAGCAGUGACCCACGGGACAUUGACCAGGAUAACAGGAGCACCUCACCCAGCGUCUACAGCCCUGGCAGCGUGGAGAAUGACUCCGAUUCCUCCUCUGUGCUGUCCCAGGGGCCAUCUCACUCCUACCACCACCCUCCGCUCUUUCCCCAGAGCCCGCCAGUAGCUCCCCCUCCUGACAGCCUGGCCCGUCCACCGGAGCCCAGCUUUGGGCUCCCGAGCGAGGUGCACCCCCAGGGACCCCCCGCAGGGAGCUACCACUCCCAGCUGGAGGGCCAGGCCUCCCGCAUUUUCCAGGCUCCAGCCCCACAGACACCUGCCUCUUCCUCCUCUGCUGUUGUUGCCCCAUCUGCUCCCCCUUCCUCCUCCUCCUCCUCUUCCUCCUCUUCCUCCUCCUCCUCUUCCCAUGCUCCUCUUUACCCUACAGCCAAUGUGGUCCAGGUUGGGACCAAAAUGGCUGGUGGAGUGGGGGCUCUCCCAGCACCAGGGAGUCGUGAGCAGACCCUCAGCGCCAAGCACAAUCCACCACCCACCACCCCCAUCUCACUGGCAUCAGUGGUUGGGGGGCUCCCCCCUCAAAAGACACCCCCAGCCAACCCUCCAGCUGCCCCCCCGGCUUCGGCCCCAUCCUUCCCCCACGUCUCUGCCAAUCUGCCUCCCCCACCGGCCCUGCGCCCGCUCAACAACGCGGUGGCCGCCUCUAGCUCCCCAGGGAUGGUGGGGCAGGCCCUGAGCGGCCACCUUCCAUCACCCCAUGGGAUGGGGCAGGACAAGGCACCGGCCCUGGCCCCCUCCCGCUACCCUUACGCCCCGCCACCACUGCCGCCCUCCAGCUCCUCGGCCCAGUAUGCCCAGCCCUCCACGGCCCAGCCCCUGCCCAGUUACAGUGCCUCCUAUGGCCACAACUUCCCCCCGCCCAGCGGGCUCUCCGUGUCCAGCCAGCCCCCCAAAUACACACAACCCUCCCUGCCCUCCCAGCCCGUCUGGAGCCAGGGGCCACCCCCCUACAGCCGCCCCUUGGGCAACACCAGCUCCCACCCUGCGGCCCCCUUCCCUGGCCAGCCUCCUCAUCACCAGCAGCCACCCCAGCAGCACCACCAUGGUCACGGAAGUGGUGGUGGGGUUUCCCCGGCAGCCGCAGCUCCCCCCCAGCCCUCUGGGGGUUACCCACAUGGCCUGGAGUCAAGCAGCCAUCACCCUUCCCACGCCGCUUAUGGGCUGCGCCUCUACCCUCCUCACAGCCAGGCUGCUUACAGCCAGGCUCCCUUGGCCUCUGCUGUAGCUCCCUCUUCUUCCUCGUCCUCCUCUUCUUCCUCCUCCUCCUCUUCUUCCUCUUCCUCCUCAUCCUCCUCCUCCUCCUCUUCCUCCUCCUCCUCUGCUGCCUCUUCCCAGGGAAGCUACCCUGGCAUGUGUGCUCACCCCCCAGGGCAGAGUCCUGCCACCUACACCUUCCCCCCGCCGCCACCCCCCUCCCCUGCCCAUGGUGCUGGCCCUCCGGUCACUUCCGCUGCCAUCACCCUCUCCACUGUCAUCGCCACCAUGGCCUCCCCCUCCACGGCUCCGUACAAGACGGUCUCUCCCCCAGUACCCCCCUCAGCCGUGGCUCCCUACGGGAACCUCAGUGCCGCACAGAUCAAGCAGGAGCCGUCGGAGGAGUACGAGCCCCCCGAGAGCCCCGUGCCACCCGCUCGCAGCCCUUCACCGCCCCCCAAGGUGGUGGAUGUGCCGAGCCAUGCCAGCCAGUCAGCCAGAUUCAACAAACACCUGGAUCGUGGUUUCAACUCCUGCUCUCGCACAGAUCUGUACUUUGUGCCACUUGAUGGCUCCAAGCUGGCCAAGAAAAGGGCAGACCUGGUAGAGAAAGUGCGGCGAGAAGCUGAGCAGAAGGCGCGGGAAGAGAAGGAGCGGGAACGGGAGCGGGAGCGGGAGAAGGAGCGGGAGCUGGAGAGGAGCGUGAAGAUGGCUCAGGAGGGCCGGCCAGUUGAGUGCUCAUCUCUCGGGCCAGUUCCCCACCGUCCCUCCUUCGAGCAGGGCAGUGCUGUAGCGACUGUUCCCCCCUACCUGGGCCCUGACACCCCAGCUCUGCGCACCCUCAGUGAAUAUGCACGGCCCCACGUCAUGUCCCCCAGCAACCGUAACCACCCUUUCUACGUGCCGCUGGGUGCAGUCGACCCAGGCUUGCUGGGUUACAACAUGCCGGCCAUCUACAGCAGCGAUCCAGCGACACGGGAGCGAGAGCUGAGGGAGCGGGAAGCCCGUGAGCGAGACCUGAGGGACCGGGACCUGCGUGAACGUCUCAAGCCUGGCUUUGAAGUCAAGCCAGCUGAGUUGGAGCAGCUCCACGCUGUGCCAGCUGCUGCCAUGGAUCCAUUCCCACGCCAUGGUGGGCUGAGUCUGCAGACGGCCCCCAGCCUGCAUCCCGCUUUUCCCUUCCACCCAGGGCUGGGCCACUUGGAGCGGGAGAGGCUGGCGCUGGCAGCCGGCCCAACCCUUCGUCCUGACAUGUCCUACGCUGAGCGCUUGGCGGCGGAGCGCCAGCACGCCGAGCGGGUGGCUGCUCUCAGCAACGACCCUCUGGCCCGGCUGCAGAUGCUCAAUGUGACACCUCAUCAUCAUCAGCAUUCUCACAUCCACUCCCACCUCCAUCUCCACCAGCAGGAUGCCAUACACGCAGCCUCAGCCUCUGUUCACCCUCUUAUUGACCCACUCGCCUCGGGAUCACACCUCACCCGGAUACCAUACCCAGCUGGAACCAUCCCCAACCCUCUCUUGCCUCACCCUCUACAUGAGAAUGAAGUGCUGCGCCACCAGCUUUUUGCUGCACCCUACAGGGAUCUGCCAGGCUCUCUCUCGGCGCCCAUGUCAGCAGCACAUCAACUCCAGGCCAUGCACGCGCAGUCAGCUGAGCUGCAGCGCCUGGCUCUGGAGCAGCAGCAGUGGCUUCACGCCCACCACCCUCUGCAUGGCGUGCCGCUCCCGACGCAGGAGGAUUACUACAGCCACCUGAAGAAAGAAAGUGACAAACCCCUUUAAAUGGACUUCUACUGUCAAUGUGACAUCAUCAUGUCUUUCUCUCAAGAGGAGCAAUCGAUCAACCAAAUCCUCGGGGAGGGGAAGCUGCAGAGUGACACAUCCUGAUCCCACCAUGCAGUAGAGUGCAAGAGAAAAUGGACGUAAAGUACAGGAUGGCAUCCUGGGAGCAAAGUGGAGGAGAGAAUUGGGGAGGGGCUGAAAUACUACUAACAGAUAUGAAACAAUUGGUACGUGAUUUCAGCAGAGCUCUGAGGAAAACAGAAUCAGCAUUGCACAGAGCUCAGAAAGACAAAGACUGACAUGAAUUCAGAGUGGCAGCAGCUCCAACCUUUGUUUCGGGGGAACAGUUGCAUUAAAUACAAAUUGCAGAGUAUUGCAGGACUUUGUGGAUAUGAUGGUGCUGCCUUUUCUACUUCUGCGAGGAGGAGGUGCAGCCAAGAAGUAACUCAGAACCCAACAGAGCCUUCUUUUCAAGAUCUUCCUCACGCCCCACCCCCCUUUAGGUGUAAGAUACUGCCUAGUGAUACAGAAAAGCAACAUGGAACUUUUUCAGAUUAGCCAGAGCAGCUUCCCAUUCUCCAACAUUGCUUCCGAUGCAAACGAAGCAUUACGGGACCCCUUCAAAAGUGGCCACUCCUGCCUGCAGAGGGACUGGUCCCAGCCGUCGGGGUGCAAAGCACCCUGUGAGACUGUUUGCAAGGUGGUGGCUAUGCUUUCCCAUGGCCGACAGGAACGGACACGGCCACAAAGGUGCAAAGCACCAUGAGACUUUCCAAGACUGUGAAUCACUACCCAUGACCCCUUUGAGCCCUGCGGGGAGAGCUAAUGUGGCCGGGCGAUACUGCAUCCUGGGACUGUCUUUAAGAUGGUGGCUGCCCCUUUCCCCUCACCCAUUCUAAUUGAUGUACUUUAACUCAUGCACAUCCUAUUAGACGUGGCAGUUUUAUGUAGCAACUUGUGACUCCCUUGCCCCCCUGCGUGCGUGUCUGAUUUCACAGUUGUAUCUCUCUAUUGGUCCCCAUAUAUAUAUUUACUUAACCAUUAAAAGGAAAAGAAAACCAACCAACAACCCAGCUAUGGAAAAAACACCCAAA